AUGUCGCGACGUGAUUUCCUCAACCAGCAGGCUCCCGAAAACUACGUCGCCGGUCUAGGUCGCGGCGCGACUGGCUUCACCACACGAUCGGAUCUCGGCCCUGCUCGCGACGGUCCCAGUGCGGAACAGAUCCAAGAGGCGCUCGCCAAACGUGCUCAGCAGCUGGGCACUGCACCUCCCACAGCAUACGGCGCAACAGCAAAGAAAACGGAACAAGAAGAAGAAGCGGACGAUGAUCGAUUCGCUGAUCCGGACAACGAAACCGGCCUCUUUGCUUCCGGCACAUUCACCCAAGACGAUGACGAGGCCGACCGGAUCUAUCAGGAUGUCGAUGAGAAGAUGCUCAAACGCCGGAAGAGACCUAGGUUAGUACUACACCACAUCCCUCGUGCUCUUCCCUUCCGAGUCGAGACACCUGGUUUAUCUUUGCCACUUGUGAAUGAACAGAUUACCGACGUGAUACCUUCGCCGUCCUCUAGGGAAGAACGAGAGCGAGAAGAACUCGAAGAAUAUAACCGCAAUAAUCCUAAGAUCGCUGAGCAGUUCGCCGACCUGAAACGGGGUCUCGCAUCGCUGACCGACGACGAUUGGGCGAGCAUUCCUGAUCCAGGCGAUCUGACGGGGAAGAAUCGGCGCGCGAAACAGCAGCGGAUGAGCCAGCGGUCCUAUGCUGUGCCUGACAGCGUCCUUGCGAGGGCAAGAGACGCUGGCGAGCUCUCCACCAGUGUUCAAGACGGAGAACCUGAUGGUGCCAUUACCAGUGCGGACAACAAGGACGGGACGAUGACUAACUUUGCCGACAUUGGUGCUGCCCGAGACCGAGUGCUUCAGACUAGAUUGGACCGAGCAGCAAAGGCCGACGCAGGGACAGGGACUGCCACCACCAUUGAUCCGAAGGGCUACCUCACGAGUCUCGACACCGCGGAAUUCGACCCAUCCAAGGUCCAACUCGGCGAGAUCGAGAGAGUUCGAGAACUGCUUGACUCGGUGAUCAGAACGAAUCCGAAGCACGCUCCAGCUUGGAUUGCGGCCGCGCGAUUGGAAGAAUACGCCGGCAAGAUCGUUGCGGCACGGAAAAAGAUGGCUCAGGGCUGUGAGAUGUGUCCGAAGAGCGAGGAUGCCUGGCUGGAGAAUAUUCGUCUGAACGAAGGACACAAUGCGAAAAUUAUCGCAGCAAAUGCCAUCAAAAAUAACGAACGAUCAACCAGGCUGUGGAUCGAAGCUAUGAAGCUGGAGACAGACCCUCGGGCGAAGAAGCGGGUUCUUCGCCAGGCGAUUGACCACAUCCCGCAGUCCGUCGCGAUCUGGAAGGAGGCGGUCAACUUAGAAGAAGAUCCAGAAGAUGCGAGACUGUUGCUGGCAAAGGCCACCGAGAUCAUACCGCUAUCAGUCGAGCUCUGGCUUGCGCUUGCGCAUCUCGAGACGCCUGAGAAUGCUCAGGCCGUACUCAACAAGGCUAGGAAAGCCGUGCCUACCAGCUACGAAAUCUGGAUUGCUGCAGCACGAUUGCAGGAACAGAUUGGCAACGCUAAUAAAGUCAACAUAAUGAACCGUGCGGUCAAGGCGCUGGUGAAGGAAGGGGCCAUGCUCAAGCGCGAAGAAUGGAUCGAGCAGGCCGAGAAGUGCGAAACCGAAGGUGCCAUCCUGACCUGUGGUGCCAUCAUUCGAGAAACUCUUGGUUGGUCAUUGGACGAGGACGACGAUCGAAAGGAGAUCUUCAUAGACGAUGCCAAGGCGAGCAUCGGACGAGGAAAAUUCGAGACCGCUAGAGCAAUCUACGCAUACGCUCUGCGGGUGUUCCCUACCGCGAGAUCGUUGUGGCUUGCAGCCGCUGAUCUGGAGAGGAAUCACGGCACCAAACAAGCAUUAUGGCAGGUGCUGGAAAAGGCCGUCGAAGCCUGUCCACAAUCGGAAGAUCUUUGGCUGCAACUUGCGCGCGAGAAAUGGCAUGCUGGUCAAGUGGACGAUGCCCGACGCGUGCUCGGCAAAGCCUUCAAUCAAAAUCCCAACAAUGAAGAGAUUUGGUUGGCCGCGGUCAAGCUGGAAGCUGACGCUAAGCAAGUUGACCAGGCACGGGAGCUGCUUGCAACCGCCAGGCAGGAAGCUCCAACUGAACGCGUGUGGUAUAAGAGUGCAGCGUAUGAGAGACAGCUGGGCAAUAUCGAUGUCGCUCUGGAUCUGGUUCUCCAGGGUCUGACGUCGAGGGUAAUGGACAAGAAAGAGACUCGCUUUCCCCGCAGUGCUAAGCUGUGGAUGAUGAAGGGCCAAAUCUACGAGGACAAAGGCAUGGUUCCGCAGGCGCGAGAGGCUUAUGCGCAGGGCACGCGGCAAUGUCCCAAGUCUGUACCUCUAUGGCUUCUUGCCGCAAGGCUCGAACAGAAAGAGGGCAUCAUCAUCAAAGCUAGAUCUGUCCUCGACCGAGCACGACUCCAAAACCCGAGAAACGCAGAACUGUGGGCAGAAAGCGUCCGGGUCGAGCUCAAGGCCAAACCGCCGAAUGUCCAACAAGCCAAGAUCUUGAUGUCCAAGGCACAGCAGGAAUGCCCGAAAUCAGGGCUUCUCUGGUCAGAAAACAUCUGGAACUUACAGCCGCGGACGCAGCGAAAACCACUUUCGCUCGAAGCCAUCAAAGCGGUGGACAACGACCCCAUUCUAUUCGUCACAGUCGCGCGUAUUUUCUGGAGUGAGCGCAGACUCGAUAAGGCAAUGAACUGGUUCGAGAAAGCUAUCGUUCUCGAUGCCGACCUGGGGGAUACGUGGGCUUGGUACCUGAAGUUCCUGAUUCAGCACGGGACCGAAGAGAAAAGGGAGGAUGUCAUCGCCAAGUGUGUUGCGAAUGAGCCCAAGCAUGGUGAGGUCUGGCAGCGAGUGAGGAAGGACCCAAAGAAUGCAUACUUGAGUACGAAGGAGGUGUUGUUGGAGGUGAUGCAGCAGCUGGAGCAGAAGGAGUUGAUAAGUUAG